AUGGUACUCCUUAUAAUAGGAACAUAUAUGGCAUUGUCACAACUUUUGUCUUCAAUCCACAAAAAACAAGUUGAGUUAAACACGACAAUAUUCAAUAUGGAACAAUCAAAUGUUUCGUUUACAAAAUUGUCAAAUGGUAUUUUGGUGAACAAAACAGUUUUGGAUUUUAAUGAAGAAAUUGCAGAACUACCGAUUGGCGAAAGUACCCGACAAUUAAUUUGUAUUGGCAAUGUAAACAAAAAUCCAUAUAAGAUACAAAUUUUAACAAAAGAAGAAGAGACAAAAUUCACACUGAAAAUAAAUCCUGAAUUGACUGUUUUGAAACACGACGAAGCUUGCGAAUUUGAAAUAUUUAUUAUUCCAAAUUAUACCACUAAAAUUGACAGUAAAAUGGUAGUUAUAGCAAAGAGUCUCAAAGUUCAAAAAGUGAUAUACAAUGAUAUCAUAAUUAAAGGAAAUACAACAGUCACAACACGACUUGAUUCGACUGAAUUAAUUGACAUUAAAAAGGUUGGUGAAGGCAGUUUUGGAGUUGUUUAUAAAGGCACUUUCAGAGGCAAUUUAGUCGUAAUUAAAAAGCUUAAAAACCUCUCAGCCGAACAAAAUGUUCUGAAAGAAUUUACAAAAGAAAUUGAAAUGCUGGACGAAUUCCGUUGUGAUUAUAUUGUGUAUUUUUCCGGCGCUAUCUUUAUUAUUAACAAGAUGUGUAUGGUAACCGAGUUUGCAAUAUAUGGGUCUUUAAAUGACUUGAUUAAAAACAAAAAAGGAACUGAUAUACAAAAAGAAGUUAAAAUGAAGUUUAUGAAUGAUAUGGCAAAUGGACUGAUUUAUUUACACACAAACGGUAUUGUACACAGAGAUGUCAAGCCGGACAAUUUACUCGUGUUUUCACUUGAAAUGAAUGACAAAGUUAACGCAAAACUGACUGAUUUUGGAAGUGCAAGAAAUAUUAAUCUACUGAUGACAAACAUGACUUUUACAAAAGGCGUUGGCACACCAGUAUAUAUGGCUCCUGAAAUUUUGAAGAGAGAAAAGUACAAGAUGAGCGCAGACAUCUACUCGUUUGGAAUAACUUUUUAUGAAACUUUAAAAUGGGGAGAAGCCUAUGACAAAAACGAAUUCAAGUUUCCGUGGAAAAUAGCAGAGUUUGUGAGUGAAGGAAAAAGACUUGAAAAAAAAGAAAAUAUGAAUGAAUGCCAUUAUAUUUUAAUACAGAGAUGUUGGAACCAACAACAAGAAAAUCGACCUGACAUUAAUGAAGUUGUCAAGAUUUUGAAGUCAUCAAAAUUUUAA